AUGGCUGAAGUGACCGCGCCGGGUGCGAAGACUUUCGACCUCGCAGAAGUGUCACUGCACCAGACAGAAAAAGACUGCUGGAUGGCCAUCAAUGGCAAAGUGUACAAUGUCACAGACUUCCUGGACGAGCACCCUGGGGGCUACGACAUCGUGGUCUCCAACUCCGGUGCAGAGGGCGGCAAGGACGCAACAGAGGAUUUCGAGGAGAUUGGCCACAGCAAGACCGCCAAGGACAUGCUCAAGGAAUACUAUGUCGGCGAAUUUGUGGGUGGUGAACUGCCGGUCAAGACCAAGAAGCAGAAUGGUACGCUGGCUGGGUCGACCGCCGGGACCACCAGUCUGUCCACCGCCCUGCUCAGGGCGGUGCUGCCCCUCCUGGUGCUUGCGCUGGCCAUCCUCUAUGCCCUGAACCGAUGA